AUGAGUUUUAACGAGAGUAAUUCAACAGAAAUACCUGUUGAAUGGUUUCCUGGAUUACAAACAGCUGCUUGUAUUUUCUAUACUAUUAUACUUCUUGUUGGUAUUAUUGGAAAUAUAUUGGUGAUCAUUAUUGUGACAAAAUAUCGAGAUAUGCGCAAUGCUACUAAUCUUCUUUUAGCAAACCUAUCCAUUGCUGAUCUAUUUCAUUUAUUAUUUUGCACACCAGACGGUUAUCAACAUUUAUACGGAAAAGAUAAACAUCGAUUGGGAACGUUUAUGUGUAGUUUUAGUCCAUUUGUUCAAAAUGUGACAUCAACAUGUUCAGUAUUAACAAUCAUGGCCAUUAGUUAUGAAAGAUAUGUUGCUAUAUGCCAACCACUUAAAACAUCUCCUCUUCAUUUAACCUUAUUUCGAACAUUACCAACAGCUAUUUUCUUUUGGCUUAUAUCUUGUUUAAUCUCAAUUCCUUUUUAUAUUUAUUCUAAUACAGGAUCAGCACAAGCAAUAUAUAAUGAAACAAUUGUUACAUGUUUUACGCAUUUUCCAUCCUCAUGGGGUAAUGAGUAUUUAAUAUCAUGUACAUUGUGUCUUUAUGUAUUGAUAUUCUUCAUGCUUUGCUAUUGGCAUUUUUCAAUAUGUUCUAUAUUAUUUAAUCGUGAAGCACUUUUACGUGACAAUACAAUUGUUACACGAUAUCGUCGUCAAGUAGCAUUGUUACUUAUUGUUUUAAUAAUAACUUUUUUUAUACUUAUUUUACCACAUAAAAUGUGGGCUUAUAUACAACAUGGGUUAAGUAACGAGGAAUUUUUUCAAAUGGGCUUUCAUCGGCAUUCAUUUAUUAUUAUUUCUACACGCUUGUUAUUAUAUCUCAAUUCAGCUAUCAAUCCAUUGUUGUAUUCAAUAAUGUCAACAAAAUUUCGUCAAAGUUUUUUUCUACUAUGCGAUGAUUGUCGUCGAUCAACAAAAAGUCAACGUUCGGGCACUGUAUUUUUUUCUAAAGAAUAUGCUGGAAGACAAAUUAUAGGUAUAAAUGGACUUGGUGGUGGUACAAUAUCGGCAACAGGAAAAAUUUCAUAUCACCAACCUAAUACAAGUCAAUUUCAAGAGAAAAAAUGUCUGCUUUCAAAUAUCAUAGCAAUGCCAAUAACAGAAACACCUCCGAUGGAUGUUACAAAAUCCAGUUAUUCCGACUGUUAUAUUUGA